ACGUGCCAACACCUUAACGCAUAUGAGACACCGGCAGAGAGACGAAGACGAGGGACUACCAGCGCUUCAUCAGUGCGAAAUAAAACGCUGCUUUCUGCUUUUUUUUGCGCGCAUUUUGGACUCGGGUGUUGUUUCAGCCAGAGUUGAACUGGGACCAGUGUCGCCUGCUGGGUGUGUGCUCAGUGUAUCGUCGAGGAGCCGAUAUCUAACAAGUGGAGAAGAGGACACCUGAAAUCACCGCACUCUCCUUGGGUUUUGACGCGCGUGUGCUGACCUGAUCACUCAAUGGCGCUGACGGUGAACAUUAUCGGUCCUUCACCAUGGGGCUUCAGGAUAUUUGGAGGAAGGGACUUCAAGAAGGCCAUAACUGUAUCGAAGGUCAACGGGGGCAGCAAGGCAGAGCAGGCUGAUCUGCAACCCGGUGACAUUAUCUUGGAGAUCAAUGGGGAAAACACGGCAGACAUGCUGAACGUGGAGGCCCAGAACAAGAUCAAGAACUCAAAGGCUCAGCUGCAGCUUGCAGUGGAGAGACCUGAACCUCCCAAUCCUGGACAGACAAACGGCAUCAGCACCCCUGAGCAGCUCACCGGACGCUUCCAGGAGGCAGUGAUGGUGAGUAGAGAUGAGAAUCAGAACUACAAAGAGUACACCAUUUCCAGCCCUGCAUCGUUGUCCCCUGGACCGUAUUCUCCAGAUCCUUUUUCUACCCCAAAUAGGAAGAGUGAGAGGAUGACACCGACCACUAACAAGGGUGUCCAGCUGCGUCCGUGGUCUCCAGAGGAGAAGAGCCAUGGGCUGUCCAGACCGCUGUCACAGGACCUCUCCCCUUCAGACUACGUGAAUAAUUCCGUGUCCAGCAGAACCUCGACCCCACCGGGCCGCUACUCGCCCCACAGCCCCGUUGAUCAGGAUGUGCCCGUGUCCCCUCGUCGCAGCAGUUCGAGCUCUGACUUCACCAUGCAGAAGUUCGACAGGGAAUCUGAGGUGUACAAAAUGAUUCAGGAGAAUAAGGAGUCCCGCGCGGCGCCUCGUCAGUCCAACACCUUUAAAAUGCUGCAAGAGGUCCUGGAGGCUGACGAGAAAGAGGCAGCGCUGCAGUUCCCAGGGAAGCUUUCGCCCAACGUCCCCAAACAAAGCACAUCAGUGGGAGGAGUCAAGAAAAAUCACACCUGUGAGAAAUGUGGCUCCAGCAUUGCCACACUGGCCGUGCGCAUAGGAGACGACCGCUUCCGCCAUUCAGAGUGCUACACUUGCACAGAUUGCGGUCUUAACCUCAAGAUGAGAGGCCACUUUUGCGUCGGCGAUCUGAUGUACUGUGAGAAGCACGCCAGCGAGAGGUACCAAGGCCAAGGAAGCUCCCCUCAAGCCGCCGUGUCCCCGCGCCAAUGAGCGCCACCCCGCUCCGGACGACCCACACCAUGUGACUCGCUUCCAGACCUUGGGAUGGGGCGUGGAGGUGGACACGAGUCUACGGAAUGGCAGAGGAUGUUUAUUUUUGUGAUCACAUUUAACCAUACUUUGCAAUAUUAUGAUUAACUUUCUUGCCUUUCUUAUAAAGCAUUGGGGCUUUGUUUUUCAUACGACCCGUCCGCCGGUCUCUUCAGAUUAUUCUUAGCUCUAAUGCUGCACAGCUGCCAUGGACUCGAGCCACAUCCCGUUGUGCUCAGGCCAGAUUUAGAUGACGCCGACGCUUUAGAGAAACUGAACAGGACUGGCUCGCCGAGGAUCUGGAAGAUCCUUUGAAUCGCCUGCAGACACAAAAGGGACCAAAAUCUCACACUGCAUGCCAUUUUCAAAAUGUACUGUACACAAACGGGGCUGUGUGUUUGGAUGCUUGCCUUCACAUGCAGGAGUGUGGCUUCUGCUUGCUUUCCUGCAUCUGUGUGUGUGCAUAUGAGAGAGAGAAGGGAAGGAGGGUCCAAGUUAUUACCGAUACAAUGGAGUUUGUGAAUUUUGUGCUAGUCAGGCCAAAAGCCCUCGCGUUUUUCUAUUUCUUUUGAAGGCAGAAUUUCAUAGAAAUAAUGUAAAAAUACAUAUUUUCUGGUUCGUUUUGUUAAUGAGGGGACUUAAUAUUAAUUGAAUAUAUACAAUUAUUUUUGAUGUUUUUGUGAUUGAACUGUAUUCUAUAAUGACCAUUUAAAAUGCAUAAUGUAUGCACAGGACAUGUCGUGUGAAAAUAAUUGAUACUCCACCUGUCCAGUUAACGCAGUAUUCGGAGAGAUUAUAAUGUUCGCAUUACUUGUGGCACUUAAUAAAAUCGCACAACCUAAAGCUU